AUUGUAGAAUAAUCAAUUUUCUACUGCUGAUACAGUGAUAACAGUGAAUAUGUCUCAGGUUCGAACAAUUUUUGGCUCCAUGGAAAUUGGCAGGCGGGCUGAUAUGGAAGAGGGCAAAAAGAUGUUGGAAAUAUUUGAAAAAGAAGGAUUUAUUGAAAUUGACACGGCUUAUAUGUACGCAGGUGGUAAAACAGAAGUUUUCCUUGGAAAUUUGAAAGAUGGAAUCAGUAAGGACUUUGAAUAUGCUACAAAGGCAAAUCCAUGGGAUGGAAAAGGUCUGGGAGCAAAAAGUGUGAGAUCUCAGUUGGAAACAUCACUGAAAAAUAUGAAAAGAGAUAAAGCUGAUAUAUUCUACCUCCAUGCACCCGAUCAUAAUACACCCUUGCUGGAAACUUUGGAAACUGUGAAUACUUUAUACAAGGAAGGAAAAUUUAAAGAGUUUGGCCUGUCUAAUUAUUCGUCUUGGCUUGUGGCAGAAGUUGUUAAUGUGUGCAAGCAAAACGGAUGGAUAAAGCCAACAGUGUACCAAGGUAUGUACAGUGCACUCACAAGGAUGGUGGAAAAAGAGCUGUUUCCUUGUCUCAGGUAUCAUAAUAUAAGAUUUUAUGGCUAUAGUCCUCUUGGUGGAGGAUUUUUAACUGGAAAGCAUAAAAUUGAUGAUCUUUCAAAGGACGAACCAGGGAGAUUUUUUGGAAGUGGAAAAUGGGUGACCGCAUAUCGAAAUAGAUAUUGGAAACAAGAAUAUUUUGAUGCUGUUGAAGCAAUCCGUGAAUCUCUUAAAACAGCAUAUGGUGAAUCAGUUACAGUACCAGAAGCAGCCAUAAGGUGGUUGUAUCACCAUUCCGCACUCAAAGGUGGGGAUGGUGUUAUUAUUGGUUCCUCAACUGCAAAACAUCUUGAAGAAAAUUUAUCUUAUGCCAAGAAAGGUUCAUUGGAUGAUAAUGUUGUUGCUGUCAUCAAUAAUAUAUGGAAAACCACAUCUCACUUGUGUCCAGAAUAUUCAAGAUAAGACAAAAUUUAUUUAAUUUCACAAUCUUCAUCAAAUCAUCAAAUAAGUUUUUCAUUAUAAUGAAUGGAUAAAGAGUUGUUUUGUAAUCUUGUAGGAAUUUCACAUAUAAUUUUAAUGUCACGUUGGUAGGUCUCAUUCGACUGCUUCCGUGUGCCUUUAUAAUCACACAAAACUCAGUAUAUAGUCAGAUGUUUUGAAUAUGCAUUUCUAGAUAAUUUUCCAAAAGUAAGGUCACUUGUACUCAUUCAGGAGUAUCGCUCACUCAUCCCUUAUGCCAGCUCACGGAGUGUUUGUGCUGAUCAAAAAGUGGAUAUUUGAUAUUCAAAACUAAUCCAAUAUCUGUUUCAAAGCAUAAUUUGAAAUAUAUAGGCCUACUUAUCGGUAUUCUCUUUUGAGCGCAUGUUACAGUUACGAGCCUGUACUGUGAAUAAAUAUGCACUGAAUAUAAUGUAUUUAAUUAUUCGCCAAACUGGUUAUGCGGAAUAACUAAAUUAAAAAUUGCAAUUAUGGAAGUCAAGUGUAAAUACAGUAUAGAUUAUUGUCAUUAUUUUUAAUUGAUAUAAUAAUGAAUAACAAUCUCACCUAGUGUUAGAGCACCCUUUCUAUAGCACUAUCAACCAACUUUUCAUUUCAACGCAAUUAACUUUAAAUUUGUGUUCUUCCUGUCAUAUUUUUGUAUCAGAUAGGAAUGUAGAAUUUUUUCUUGAUAAAUAUUACAGCAUUACGGUUAGCUUGUAUUUACGUACGCGGUCGCGGUACGUACUGAAUAAUAAUUUUAAUUUUUCAUCAAGGUAAUAAGACAUGUCGAUGUUAUAGAAAGCGAGAGUUUUUUUUCCUAAUUUUAGCACUGCUUAUUUUAAUUGUUUGCUUAUCCACUGUUAUCCAUCAUAAAGGUCUAUUAUGUCUUUUGCUUCGAAUCAGUCGGUAUUCAGGACAUCUAAUCCUUUUAGGAAUUGUCAUAGUUUAUUUCUUCAUUACCAUUAAUGCAAGUUCUGAUAUUGCAAUGAAAGUAAAAUGUAAAAUUACUUCUAAUAACACGUUCAUAAUAAUAUGGCAUCUUAGAAAUUCUUUCUUUAUGUAUUCGAUGUCAUCAAAUAAGGCAAAUUUGAAUGGUACAACUUAAAAUCCCUAUUAUUGAGUGUGAACUAUAAAUGAUUUUGGUGUUUCUUUAAUCACAUUUUAAUUUGUUACUGAUUCUACAAUUUGUGCAAUUUCAGCAUA